CCGCUUCAAAUAGAAACAGGAAUCUUGUCAGUCGAUGCCAAUUCCACCGACCAUCCACGGCCAUGCUCGCGCCAUGUUGCAAGCAUGUCAUCGUCAAAUGACUUGACCUCGCCACGCGAAUUCGUAACCAAGCUACUCACCUCUCUGAACGCACUCGGCCUUCCGCAGCAUGCCGCUGACGUUACCACUACCACUCCAGCGUCGGCCCAAGCGGCCGUCGCGUUGAAUCCCUUAAGCCAUGCAUCUGAGCCCGUCAGAAAACAUUUGAUGACGUUGCACGUGCUGUUUCCCAAUGAGUUACUGCCUGCUCUAGAUCUUUUGGAUCGGAAGCUAGUCACACGGUUCCAUAUCCGUCGACGACAACCACACCCCCAAACAGGAAUUGCUCUACGGGAUGGGUCGAGGGCUGCUGUCACCACUCCAGCCAAAGUCACAAGUGCCCUCGCGAAUGAAUCAAACGCAGCGGGAACGAGAGGUGACGGGCAACUACAGGAAAUCGCUCCCGCGAAUCCACACCCAAAUUCAGAUACAGACGACGCUACCACACUCCAUCACCCCGACACGGACCCCCAAGUUGCCGGACCAUACAACCACGCAGUCGGUUCAAAAACAAGGUUUCCUCGAGACCCAUCCAUCAACGAACCCCACACGGAGAACGUGGACAAUAUAAUCCCAACAACCGCACAUGUUAAUGCAGAUGCAGGUGAAGACUCCAAUGCGGAUCUAGACACGGUAUAUUACGUGCGCUCCGCACAACAUCGCUCCUCACGCUUCUCCACAUCCUACGAAGCAAAUACAUCGUACGAAGUUCGUUUACGCGCAUGGAACUGUUCCUGUCCCGCUUUCACCUUUUCUGCUUUUCCAAAUGUCUUCCAUCCCCAACAUCUCCCUUCUUCUCCUCUGCCAGCCCAUCACCAGCUUGACGGCGGGGACGAUGCUCGUCCAGAAGAGGAGGAGAAGAUGUGGAAUUUCGGUGGUCUGAGUUUGGACAAUGAGGUGAUGGGCGCCAAUACGGCUGGGCCUGUGUGUAAGCAUUUGCUAGCGUGCGUGCUUUCGGAGAGGUGUGAGGGCUUGUUCGGGGGUUUUGUCGUUAAUCGCGAGGUUGGGUGUGAGGAGGCGGCUGGCUGGGCUGCCGGAUGGGGGGAUUGA